GCGCGAGGCAGGACGGGAAAUCCAAGAUGGACUCUUCCAUUUGAGUUCCGCCCAUCCGUCUUCGGUUCCCCGCUGCGGCCCGUUCUUCCUCCGGGGUCAGUGAGGGACAAGUGAUGAGAAGCUGUGGCGGCCGAGGAGCCAUCCUGACCGACCUGCUCUCGGGCCUCCGCGGCCCCUGCGCCUCCGGGGAGCAGCCGGGGCUCGCAAGCGCCUGACGCGUCCCGAGUCACUCAGAAAUAAUGUUGAUAUUUGGAACCCAUGUCGAACUUCUCUGAAGAAAGGGCAACGAUGAUUGCAGCCGGGGAUUUGCAGGAAUUCGUUCCUUUCGGUCGCGACCACUGCAAGCACCACCCUAAUGCUUUGAACCUUCAACUUCGUCAGCUGCAGCCAGCCUCUGAAUUGUGGUCUUCCGAUGGUGCAGCUGGCUUGGUGGGAUCUCUUCAGGAGGUUACAAUCCAUGAGAAACAGAAGGAAAGCUGGCAGUUAAGAAAAGGUGUGAGUGAGAUUGGAGAUGCAGCCGACUACGAUGAAGAGCUCUAUGUGGCUGGGAACAUGGUUAUCUGGAGCAAAGGGAGUAAAAGCCAGGCACUGGCCGUGUACAAAGCUUUCACAGUGGACAGCACUGUCCAGCAGGCAUUGUGGUGUGACUUCAUUACAUCACAGGAUAAAUCUGAAAAGAUCCACAAGAGCCAUGAAGUAGAGAAAUGCAUAUGUAUAUUACAGAGCUCAUGUAUGAACAUGCACAGCGUAGACGGGAAGGAUUAUAUAGCUUCCUUACCAUUUCAGGUGGCAAAUGUUUGGGCCACUAAAUAUGGUUUGCUGUUUGAACGAAGCAGUUCUUCACAUGAGGUGCCUCCAAGUCUACCUAGAGAACCUUUGCCUACUAUGUUCAGCAUGCUACAUCCACUGGAUGAAAUAACUCCACUUGUUUGUAAAUCUGGAAGUCUUUUUGGCUCAUCACGGGUGCAGUAUGUUGUAGAUCCUGCCGUGAAGAUUGUGUUCCUCAACAUCGACCCCUCCAUUGUAAUGACCUAUGAUGCUGUUCAGAAUGUGCAUUCCGUCUGGACUCUGCGGAGAGUAAAGCCAGAGGAGGAGAAUGCUGUUUUAAAGUUCCCUGAGCAGGCAGGAACCCUUCAGAAUGUAGCAACUAGCAGCUCCCUCACAGCACAUCUCCGAAGCCUCUCCAAAGGCGAAUCCCCCGUGGCUUCCCCUUUCCAGAAUUACUCCUCCAUUCACAGCCAGAGUCGCUCUGCCUCAUCUCCGAGCCUGCACUCCCGCUCGCCUUCCAUCUCCAACAUGGCGGCUCUCAGCCGUGCUCAUUCUCCUGCCUUAGGGGUGCACUCUUUCUCAGGGGUGCAAAGAUUCAACCUUUCAAGCCAUAAUCAGUCGCCAAAGAGACACAGCGUUUCUCAUUCUCCAAGUGGCAGUUUUAAUGACUCAUUUUUGGCACCAGAAACGGAGCCUAUUAUUCCUGAGCUGUGCAUUGACCACUUGUGGACUGAAACACUUCCUAAUACAAGAGAGAAGAACUCUCAUGCCUCCAAGGUAUUUAUAACAACUGACCUGUGUGGACAGAAGUUCUUGUGCUUUUUAGUGGAGGCUCAGCUUCAGUUACGUUGUGUAAAGUUUCAAGAGAGUAAUGACAAGACCCAGCUCAUCUUUGGCUCUGUCACCAAUAUACAUGCAAAAGAUGCAGCCCCAGUGGAGAAGAUAGACACCAUGUUGGUACUAGAAGGCAAUGGAAACUUGGUGCUGUACACAGGAGUGGUUCGGGUGGGGAAAGUUUUUAUUCCUGGUCUUCCGGCUCCUUCCCUGACAAUGUCCAACAUGAUGCCUCGGCCUAGUACACCUCUAGAUAGUGUAUCUACUCCCAAGCCUCUUGGUAAACUACUUGGAUCAAUGGAUGAGGUGGUUCUGUUGUCUCCAGUUCCAGAACUGAGGGAUUCUUCAACGAAACUUAAUGAUUCUCUCUACAAUGAAGAUUGCACUUUCCAGCAACUUGGAACUUUCAUUCAUUCUGUGCGAGACCCUGUUCAUAACAGAGUCACUCUAGAACUGAGUAAUGGCUCCAUGGUUAGGAUCACUAUCCCUGAAGUGGCUACCUCGGAAUUAGUACAAACGUGUCUGCAAGCAAUUAAGUUCAUCCUGCCAAAAGAAAUAGCAGUUCAGAUGCUCGUCAAGUGGUACAAUGUCCACAGUGCUCCGGGAGGACCCAGUUACCACUCAGAAUGGAGUUUAUUUGUGAUCUGUCUCUUGAACAUGAUGGGUUAUAACACAGAUCGCUUAGCAUGGACCCGAAGUUCUGACUUUGAAGGAUCACUUUCUCCAGUCAUUGCACCCAAAAAAGCGAGGCCUUCUGAUACUGGAUCCGAUGAUGACUGGGAAUACUUACUGAAUUCAGACUACCAUCACAAUGUUGAGUCUCAUCUUCUGAACAAAUCUUUAUGUUUGACUGCUUUGGAAAGUUCAAGGGUGAAAGAAGAAGAUUUUUCACAGAACCUUAGUCUGGAUUCUUCAACUCUUCUCUUUCCUCACAUUCCUGCAAUUUUCUUUGUUCUUCACCUUGUCUAUGAAGAGCUCAAGCUGAAUACUCUAAUGGGAGAAGGAAUUUGUUCCCUUGUUGACCUGCUUGUUCAGUUAGCAAGGGACUUAAAAUUAGAGGCUUACAUGGAUCACUACUACAGAGAUUACCCAACUCUAGUCAGAACUACUGGACAAGUGUGUGCGAUUGAUCCAGGUCAAACGGGAUUUCUGCAUCAUCCCUCGUUUUUUACGUCUGAGCCGCCAAGUAUUUAUCAGUGGGUGAGUUCUUGUCUGAAGGGCGAAGGAAUGCCACCCUAUCCUUACCUCCCUGGGGUCUGCGAAAGGAGCAGGCUCGUGGUCUUGAGCGUUGCACUCUACAUCCUUGGUGAUGAGAGUUGUGUUUCUGAUGAAGCCUCGCAGUAUUUAUCCAAAGUAACCUUAACCCCCCAGAAGUCACAAGCAGAACAGGAAGAAAACAGGUUUACUUUCCGGCAUUCUGCUUCAGUUUCCAGUCUAGCAGAAAGAUUGGUUGUCUGGAUGACCAAUGUAGGUUUCACUUUAAGAGAUUUGGAGACUCUUCCCUUUGGGAUUGCUCUUCCCAUCAGGGAUGCAAUCUAUCACUGUCGGGAGCAGCCUGAUUCAGACUGGUCAGAAGCUGUCUGCCUCUUGAUUGGACGGCAGGAUCUUUCCAAGCAGGCUUGUGAAGGAAACUUACCCAGAGGCAAAUCUGUGCUCUCCUCAGAUGUGUCUUCGGGAACCGAGGCUGAGGAGGAAGACGAUGGCAUGAAUGAUUUGAAUCAUGAGGUUAUGUCAUUAAUAUGGAGUGAAGAUCUACGGGUGCAGGAUGUGCGAAGACUGCUUCAGAGUGCACAACCUGUUCGUGUCAAUGUGGUGCAGUACCCAGAACUCAGUGACCAUGAGUUCAUUGAAGAGAAAGAAAACAGACUGCUCCAGUUGUGUCAGCGAACUAUGGCUCUUCCAGUAGGACGAGGAAUGUUUACCUUGUUUUCAUAUCAUCCUGUUCCAACAGAGCCAUUGCCUAUUCCUAAAUUAAAUUUGACAGGGCGAGCCCCUCCACGAAACACAACUGUAGAUCUUAAUAGUGGGAACAUUGAUGUGCCUCCCAAUAUGACAAGCUGGGCCAGCUUCCAUAAUGGUGUGGCUGCUGGCCUGAAGAUAGCCCCUGCCUCCCAGAUAGACUCAGCUUGGAUUGUUUACAACAAGCCAAAGCAUGCGGAGUUAGCCAAUGAGUACGCCGGAUUUCUCAUGGCCCUGGGUCUGAAUGGGCAUCUUACCAAGCUGGCUACUCUCAAUAUCCAUGACUACUUAACCAAGGGCCAUGAAAUGACAAGCAUUGGAUUGCUGCUUGGUGUUUCUGCUGCAAAACUUGGCACCAUGGACAUGUCAAUUACCCGGCUUCUUAGCAUUCACGUUCCUGCUCUCCUACCCCCAACAUCCACAGAGCUUGAUGUGCCUCACAAUGUUCAAGUGGCUGCAGUGGUUGGCAUUGGCCUUGUUUAUCAGGGCACAGCUCACAGACAUACUGCCGAAGUCCUGUUGGCUGAAAUAGGGCGCCCCCCUGGUCCGGAAAUGGAAUAUUGCACUGACAGAGAGUCCUACUCUUUAGCUGCUGGCCUGGCCCUGGGUAUGGUUUGCUUGGGGCAUGGCAGCAACUUGAUUGGUAUGUCUGAUCUCAAUGUGCCUGAGCAGCUGUAUCAGUACAUGGUUGGAGGUCAUAGGCGUUUUCAAACUGGAAUGCACAGGGAGAAACAUAAAUCUCCAAGUUACCAAAUCAAGGAAGGCGAUACUAUAAAUGUGGAUGUGACUUGUCCAGGUGCUACUCUGGCUUUGGCUAUGAUCUACUUAAAAACUAAUAACAGAUCCAUUGCUGACUGGCUGCGAGCUCCUGAUACCAUGUAUUUGCUGGACUUUGUGAAGCCAGAAUUUCUCUUGCUUAGGACACUUGCUCGGUGCCUGAUUUUGUGGGAUGAUAUUUUACCAAAUUCCAAGUGGGUUGACAGCAAUGUUCCUCAGAUUAUAAGAGAAAAUAGUAUCUCUUUGAGUGAAAUUGAAUUGCCUUGUUCAGAGGACUUGAAUUUGGAAACCUUGUCGCAAGCACACGUCUACAUAAUUGCAGGAGCCUGCUUGUCUCUGGGUUUUCGAUUUGCUGGCUCAGAAAACUUAUCAGCAUUUAACUGUUUGCAUAAAUUUGCAAAAGAUUUUAUGAAUUAUUUAUCUGCACCCAAUGCUUCUGUAACAGGGCCCUACAACCUCGAAACCUGUCUGAGUGUUGUCCUGCUGUCUCUUGCCAUGGUGAUGGCUGGCUCUGGGAACCUGAAGGUGUUGCAGCUGUGUCGCUAUCUGCAUAUGAAGACGGGUGGAGAGAUGAACUAUGGUUUCCACUUGGCCCAUCACAUGGCCCUGGGUCUUCUCUUUUUAGGAGGAGGAAGGUACUCUUUGAGCACAUCUAACUCGUCCAUUGCUGCUCUUCUCUGUGCCCUUUACCCACAUUUCCCAGCCCACAGCACUGACAACCGGUAUCAUCUCCAGGCCCUCCGGCACCUCUAUGUGCUAGCUGCAGAACCAAGGCUUCUGGUACCUGUGGAUGUGGAUACAAACACACCCUGCUAUGCCCUUAUAGAAGUUACUUACAAGGGCACUCAGUGGUAUGAACAGACCAAAGAAGAACUGAUGGCUCCAACCCUUCUUCCAGAACUUCAUCUGUUAAAACAGAUGAAAGUUAAAGGGCCAAGAUACUGGGAACUGCUCAUAGAUUUAAGCAAGGGAGAACAGCACUUGAAGUCCAUUCUUUCUAAGGAUGGAGUUUUGUAUGUAAAGCUCAGGGCAGGCCAGCUGUCCUACAAAGAAGAUCCAAUGGGGUGGCAGAGUUUGUUAGCGCAGACUGUUUCUAACAGGAACUCAGAAGCCCGGACUUUCAAGCCAGAAACAGUUUCAUCAUUCACUUCUGAUCCAGCGCUUCUGUCAUUUGCUGAAUAUUUCUGCAAACCAACUGUGAGCAUGGGUCAAAAACAGGAGAUUCUGGACCUCUUUUCUUCAGUACUCUACGAGUGUGUUACUCAGGAAACCCCAGAGAUGUUGCCUGCCUACAUAGCAAUGGAUCAGGCUAUAAGAAGUCUUAGAAAGAGAGACAUGUCAGAUACAUCUGAUCUUUGGCAGAUAAAGUUGAUUUUAGAGUUUUUCAGUUCCCGAAGCCACCAGGAGAGGCAGCAGGACCCUAAGCGAGGUCUCUUUAUGAACUCUGAGUUCCUGCCUGUGGUGAAGUGCACUAUUGAUGCCACCCUGGAUGAGUGGCUGCAAGCUGGAGGUGAUGCGGCUGUGCAUGCCUACCUCAGUGGGCAGCCUGUUGACAAAUCCCAGCUGAACGUGCUGGCCUGCUUCCUGGUCUACCACUCUGUGCCAGCACCACGACACUUGCCGCCUCUGGGACUGGAAGGGAGUACGAACUUUGCUGAACUCCUCUUCAGGUUUAGACAGCUGAAGAUUCCAGUCCGAGCUUUGCUCAGACUGGCUCCUUUGCUGCUUGGAAACCCACAGCCGAUGGUUAUGUGACCACAUCUGGUAGUAAACCUACCUGAAAUGACUCCAGCACAGAAUCAUAAUGACAGCAAAGCUGAGGCAGCAUUUCUGUUUGGUGAGCAGUGGAACUCGGAGACGUAAGCCUCACUGUGUUUAAGAUCUGUGUCGGAAAUGCUCCAGAGACACUGUUGCUGUCCAUGUGUCGUUAGCCAAUGUGUAAGAGCCGGUUCAAAUGCUCUUUUGUAAAUAAAGAUUUUUGGUUUGUUUUCAAAACUAUUGGUGAUUGCUUUGGACUUCAGAACAGAGCGACAGGCUGAUUUUUGAAGCCUUUGAACUUCAGUGGUUCAGAUGAAAGGUCUGUACUCAGAAGUGCCAGGCUGACAAACCACAUCACGAAAGUGGACUUUCCGCCGCUGUUGAAGAAUCCUGUGUUGUCUUCUGUGUCACAGUCUUCUCUAUGAUAUGACGGACGAUGUGAUCACUGCAAGCAGAGUUCUAGUGAAGAAUUGCCUGCCCAGCAUGGAGUGUGGGACUGUGCCCUGACCUCCGCUGACUGUGGGCUGCAGUUCUUGGGCGGUAACAAGGUUAAAGGAUACUUUAAGGGUAAGCUCUAAUAUGAUAGACCCGAUGGCCUACUCAGGAGAAGAGGAGGAAUGCUUUUCUUUCACUAUUAUGUGAGAAUUAGCAACACACUGCUUAAAAGCCAGGAAGACUCCCUCAUGGGGAACCACUCAGACAGCGUCUUGGACUUCAGCAUAUCGAAGUAUGAGACAUAAAUUUGUCACCCUUAAACCGUCAUGUCUGGUACUUGGUUUUAGCAGCCUGUGCAGGCUAGUGUAUGAUAACUGCCCAAUAUACCUAAAAUAUAAAAUUGCCCCUAUAGAGGAAUGUUAAGAAAAUGUUUUUAAAUAUAAAAGUUCAUCAGAACUGAAGAUUUGGGGAGUAUUUUUGUGUUCUGGGUUUCAAGAUAGCCCAUGAAGCAAGAUAGUCCUCUGAGGGCACCUAAGCUCCAGCCUCACGUGGCAGGAAGAAAGCUUCUUCCACAUCACUCCAGCCUGUGCUCAUAGCUUGAUUUCAGAAGAACAGAACCAUGAAUAAGUAGGAACUGCAAAAUUUCUACCUACUGAUUUCCCAUUUGUUACUGAAAAAGCAAAUAUAGGUGGCUCCAUUGGGAUUUGGUAAUGUCCAUCUGCCUGCAUCAAGGUAAUUUGUGACUGACUUUAACAGCAAAAUGUGUUUUCCUUCACUCUUAAAGAUUGCUAUGAAUUGGUAGGUGAUGAGCGUUCAGUUUCAUCAAGAUUGAACCCACUGUUCAGGCGAUUGUUAUUUUCACUCUCAGUUGUUAAUGGUUGCUGUAGGAAGACUUGAGAGGCAUCUGAGUAGUUUCCGGACACAUUAACUCAUACAGGAGAGAAAAUAGUCAUGACGGUGUCGACAAGAGUGAACAGUAAGCUUUAAAGAGAGGAGUGAAUACAGUGGAAACUGCAUUGAUGGGCCUGUGGUCAGCUGAAUGGGCACAAAGAAUAAAUUCUAGUGUUCUUGAGUCAGCAAAUAAUCAUUAUCUUUACUAGUUUCCAAAACAUCCCGUGGGAAGCAGUCUCACCAUCCACAGCAGCCAGCCUCCUGGGAGCCGUCGCAAGGGAAGAGCUAGAGAAACCUGGCAGUGAAAUGUCUAUUCUCAAAGCAGCACCUGGGACUUCAAGUGAAGGCUGAUUAGCCAGAAUUUGUUCUAUUGCUUCACCUCCUAUGCACAUGGAGUGGAGACAAGGUGUAGCUGCUGUGAGUACAAGUAUUGUCUGCUACAGACACACAACUGAACAGUGCAUUCAGAUUUCCCCAAAGGAUACUGACAUCUCCUCCCUCAAGGUCUAAUGAGGGAGCAGGAGCCAAGGCAAAUUGAGGUCAAAUGUCAGGCUUCUGCUCUGACAUAGCCCUCACUCUACAUGCUGGGCUCUACCCAUCCCACUGCGCUCCAGCCCUGCUCUGGUCUGUUGCUGCCAGCCUGGAUUCUUGUCCAAGAGACUCAGAAACAGCUUCUCAAUGUGAACUGAAAGGACUUCGCAUUGGCAGAGCUUAUGAACAUGUUGAAAAAACAGGCGAGCAUCUUUGGACUCACAUGGGCCUUUGUGUCUCUUUUCUGAGUUGUACUGAUUGACUUAGUCUAUUACUGUGGUCACAUUAUGUAGAGCAUCUUGUUUAAGCUUUUGUCUUUUAGCUUUGAUAAACUUGAAUACUGCCAUCUUUUUCAUUUAGGAUACUUUGGAAAGUACUUUUCAACUUUUUUUCUUUUAAACAUUCAUAUUAGAAUUUUAAAACAGGAACUUCAUAAUAAAUUCAGUAAGAUUUAUAAAGUACCUGUCAGAUCUUAAUUCCUGUGCUUUUUAUACUCAAGUGCUUAGCUGAACUGUUAGCCUUUUCUCUGUAGCUAAUGAAUGUCUCAAGUCUCUGCCUUGUGAGAUUGUGUGCUUUAAGAACUCAAGACAUGCUGGAUCUUGAUGUCACAGAGUUGCCUCAUGGAUAGAGGGUGGGUCCCUAAAGCAAGCACAAAGGUAGGAAAGCCAGUGUUGGUGGUAUUUUCCUUCAGAUUAAAACAUCCCUCCAGGAAGAAGAGGUAGGGGAAACUCAAGAGACUAAACAAGCAUCACAUGUCUUAGAAAGUUGAAACUUAAGGUCAUAAAGUGCUCCCCCAAGGUUGUAGAAAUAGAGCUCUAUGUGUUUGUGGGGCAUAGGGGCUGGAGGAUGGUAAAAAGACAGAAAGGGGCAGGUUGACUGACCACCUGAGUUGCCUAGAGGAGGAGGCCUAGCUGCCCGGGAGAGGAGAGUCUCUAACUAGUCAAGCAGUCUGCAAGUUGUGAAGAGGGGUUGCCCAUGUUGAGGUGGCUUUGGUGAUACAGCUGCUUUUGAGUUGCCCCUGCUCUUGUAAGUGGUCCAAAUAAACUCAUUGAUUUGCUAA